AUGCCACCCAUGAACCGCGUGCGCCGCGUAUCUGGCAUGCGCAACUUGAUCCAGCGCUCGCCGCAGGUCAGCUUUGCUGAACAAGCGCCGCCACCGCGUCCCCCCAAAACCCGAGGCAGCGUUGACCUGAUGUUUGACCUUGCUGAGGGUUACGUUCGCAAUAGACAGCACAUCCAGCCGUCCUCGCACUCGGAAGGGCAGGGAGCCCAGCAACGCCAGUUCAAGCAGACGGGCCCCGAGCCUGAGCAACACGACCCUGCGAAAGAUCACGCCACGGCAACAACACCCAAGCUCGAGCCAGCUCAGCGUGAGGGAGGACGUGUACCCUCACUCAAGUCGCUCAUUCCCUCCAAGACUGCCUCCAGUUCUCUCAAGCCUGGCACCGGCAGCUCUGCUGAAGAGCGGGGACAUACCUUCUCCCAGAGGGUCGUGCCAGCUGAUAAAGUAACAACAUCCCCUCCUCCCCGCCCACGCCGCUCCUCGCGCCGCGGGCUUGUCAAGAAGCUUAGCAUCGGCCUGACAUACCGCGAUCAAAAUCCACCUCAAGCUCUCGCGAGGGACGCCGCGGACGCGCUGACGUGCCAACCCACCCGCAACCUUCACAUCGCGGCUGUGGUCCAGUCAACCAGUGAUACAGCUCACGAGCCCAACCACAUUGUACCACGCCAGCGUCGCAACGCCAUAUCGCAUGGCUCUGGAGUGUCGCGCUCCGGAGCCCUGCCAUUCCCUGAGCUACAGACGCCGAAGGCCAUUUCGCAGGAAGACGCCGUUGACAAUGAGAACGGCCAGUCCAAAGACUGCGGAAAUCACGAGCACCACAAUGGCGAGAACCUUCAGAAUGUAGCCCUCCAACCAGGCGCAACUCAGCCAACCAGUAAUCAGGAGGCAAACGAAACCGUCCUGGACGGCCAAGCGGGGAAAUGGCAGCCCUUCCGCAAAUCAUUCAUUCGCGGCACACAAACAGACCAGAGAGCUCAGCCUGCUGUCCGCGAACGCAAGAUUUCCUUCUCCUCUAUCGUUUCCAAAGGCUCGGGCACUACCCGCGCGAUCAGCCGGACGCUGAGAAAGAGUCUGGCGAGACAGGAGCCUGCCAUCAGACUUGAGGAGGAUAGCACUGAGAAUGUAGGCGCCACCAGUAACGUCAAGAAUACCGCCAAGUGCGACCCCACGUCGACCUUGACCCAUGUGGCCCCCCAGGAUGCUGAUAUCGUCCCACAGGACUCCGCAUCCACGGCGGAGAACCUGAUCAAGGCUAAGGAGUCCCUCAACGAUUCACUCACAGAUUGCGAGUCGAGGUGCGCCCAAACCGCCUUCUCAACUAUAACAGCGGUCAGUCUCGGGGCUGAAGCCAACACGUCACUCGACGAUACCUGGCCGCCAGAGCAGCUCGCUGCUGUCGUCGCUAAGGUUGAAGCUCGCGCCGCAGCCGACGGCGUGGACCUCGACACUGUUUCCAUCGACCUAGACUGGGGAGCCACCCGGCCUAUGACUUUCCGCAGACGAGUUAGCGAGCUCGUGAGCGCUGGAACUGCGAUGAGCAACGAGGAGAUGGCGUUCUGGGAGCGCAACAAGUUCCGGGCAUCGAUUUUCGGUGUGGAGGGUAUCGACUUCUCUGAGAAGCUUCCUUGGCGUGUCUACAGCUCAGGGAAGUCACCGAAGGACAAGCCGACCUGGCCCACCAAAACCGAAGCCUCCGGAGGCGGCGUGCUAGGCAGUGAGCUGGAUCUUCGAGACGUCACGUAUGGUAAUAGCUUGGCCUUUCAGGCGCGCCAACAGGCUGCGGGUAAUGCGCGGGCUCACCAGUCUGAGGCCCCACCACCGACGCCUCCCGGCUCCUCGACGUCUGAGGUGAUGCCCAGAGCGACGAACUCUCGGGAGGCCUCUAGGGAGCACGAGCACGAUACCCCGUUGCCGCGCGGAGUCCUGCGUGGAGCAUACCACACCACGCUAACGGUCGACACGCAACCCACCGCCUACCUCAUGACGCAACUGUUUCAGCCAGACGUCUCCACUUCGUUGGAGUCGGAGGACAUGAACCUCACAGCCCUGGGCCUCGCCUCACCCACGACCCCGACCACCUCGGCGCAGGAGUAUCUCGUGCGUGGCGUCCUCCGUUCGCGCGCUGCGCCGCUGCCGGCGCCCCGUGUCGUGAGCGACCCGCCUAGCCACCAGCAGUCGACCACGGCGCGCAUGGCAGGCGUAUUCCUACCCCUCUCCGAGCGGCAUGGCAGAAUAUCCUUGCUGAGACAGGGCACGCCCAGGCUGAGAGGGUUGUAG